AAAAGUGAAAGCUAUAUAUACUCCCCUCCACCAUCAAAAUCUUCACAGAAAAAAAACAACCACCAACUCUUCCCGGUAGCUCAAUUCAUCUCCAAAAAUGGAAAACGGAAUCAACAACGGUGCUGGAGCCAUAACAGUCUCGGCUCUCAAUUAUAUUGAUCUCUCAAGCACGGACACUCACCAAUCCGUCUCUCUUCUCAAACAGGCCUGUUUGGAUUGCGGUUUCUUCUACGUGGUAAAUCAUGGGAUAAGUGAGAAAUUCAUGGACGAGGUGUUUUCACAGAGCAGGAGGAUGUUCAGUUUACCGUUGAGUGAAAAGAUGAAGCUUUUGAGGAACAAGAAGCACAGGGGUUAUACUCCUGUUCUUGAUGAGCAUCUGGACCAUGAAAACCAAGUUCAUGGAGAUUACAAGGAGGGGUAUUACAUAGGAGUUGAGGUAGCUGAAGAUGACCCAAAAGCGGAAAAGCCAUUUUAUGGUCCUAAUGUUUGGCCUGCACCAGAUAUCUUACCUGGGUGGAGGGAGACCAUGGAAGAAUUUCAUAGAGAAGCCUUAGAGGUGGCUAAAGCAGUUUCUAGGCUCAUAGCCCUUGCUCUUGAUCUAGAUGUUCAUUUCUUUGAUAAGCAAGAAAUGCUUGGUGAGGCUAUUGCGACGUUGCGAUUACUACACUAUGAAGGAAAAAUAUCUGAUCCAUCAAAUGGAAUUUUCGGAGCGGGAGCUCAUUCUGACUUCGGUCUCGUUACCCUCUUGGCAACCGAUGAUGUCUUAGGCCUCCAAAUAUGCAGGGAUAAGGAUGCCAAACCUCAGUUAUGGGAAUACGUACCGCCGGUUAAAGGAGCAUUUAUAGUGAAUCUUGGCGACAUGCUAGAACGCUGGAGCAACUGCAUAUUCAAGUCCACAUUGCAUAGAGUUGUUGGGAACGGUCAAGAGAGAUAUUCCAUUGCAUACUUCGUAGAACCUAGUCAUGAUUGUCUUGUGGAGUGCCUGCCUACGUGCAAAUCAGAAAAUAAUCCUCCCAAGUUUCCUCCAAUCUUAUGUCGCACUUACCUGAGCCAGCGCUAUAGUGAUACUCAUACCGAUCUGACUAAAUACGAAGAAAUUAAGAAAUAAGUAUGCCACUCGUCUGCAAUUCAAGAUGAAUCUCUUUUCUUAGAUAGCUAGCAUAGUACUUGACAAUGUGCUAAUCAGGGUUCGAGAUGCCUUUCCGACCCUCUGUAAAUUCAUAAAGUGUUCUGCUUUCAUAUCCUUCCAUUCAAAGAUUGCAAGAUGUUUUGCAACUUCAGGAAACAAUAAAGGGGAUGAGCUGUUGCAGUCUUUUCAUGUAUACUAUAUGAAAAGGAGAUUCCUAUGAGUACAAUAGUGACCCUUUCAGCUCUUUCGGUGAAUAAAUUAACGAUGAUGUUAGUGGCAUUACUGGCAUCUCCUCUUUUAUCACUUUCUCUUUACAAUAAUUCUUCUCGGAUAUGGAAGAUGUUAAUGAUUGAUGAAGAAUGAGAGAUGAGA